UGUGAAAGUUCAGGCUUGUUGGAAAUGGGUCAGUAGAAGCACCAGAAAUGCCAGACCAUGAUACAGAGUUCCAUCUGAAUCGACUGACAAAAAGAAGACGAGUGGACAUUGGAGUGAAGAGAAUUGUUAGCUCAUCUGCCUCAUCAACACAAACAGCUUCUGCCAUCAUCACUGUCAACCGUGCAGCCUUUGAUGCCAUGAACUCCCGUCAAUGUAAGAAGCAGGAUGUGCUUGAGUGCCAAGGGGCUCAGCUCGGUGAGGCCAAAUCAGAUGUUCUCCGCAAACUGCUUAAAAGGGGCAGCUCAUAUGAGGAUAACAUGAUACCCUUUUCUGGUGCCACUAUCAUCACAAACCUACUGAAGAGCAAUAAGGCAAUGAGAGGAACAGGAGGCAGGGAGUCAGUGGUCCCCAGGAAAGCAGAACCUGAACUACUACAGGAGGACACUUGCAGCAACUCAUCCCAGGAGAGCGCUGAAGAGUGUCUCUCACCAUUUGGAAAAAUCUCACUGGACCACUUGGACUCUGAGCGGCUAAAUAAAGAGCACCUUCAGGCCAAGCGUGCUCGUGUCGAGAAUAUCAUUCGUGGAAUGAACCACUUACCAAAUGUGAUGGCAACCUCUAUUUCUAGUGGAAAGGAUUGUGAGCGGGAGUUAGAGGGAGAAACCAACGUUACCGCACAGUCCUUCAGUCCAAGAGAAAGCAAUCGUGAGAACAAGAGGAAACAAAAAUUACCUCAGCAGCAGCAGCAUAGCUUUCAGCAGAUGGUUUCCACACAUAAAGAGCAGAAGGUUGAGGAACGCAGGCAGCUGAAACUACAGCUGGAAGACAUGCAGAAACAGCUGAAACAGUUUCAAGAAAAGUUCUUCCAGAUCUAUGACAGCACAGAUUCUGAAGCAGAUGGAGGGAAUCUCUCAGAAGACAGUGUACGAUCUGAUGGGAUGUUAGGUGAUGGUGGCAUCAAUGAAUAUCUCGUUCAAAAUUCUGUGGCUGAUCGAUCUGAUAAUGAGAUAGCAGACUUGGAUCCAAGAUGCUUUCUGGAUGAAGCGAAGGCCCUGCACCGUGAACAAGUAUUGCUGGAUGGAAAGAUGGCCAAACAGGAAGGUUCUUUGAGGAGCAAAGGUUUGAUGUCUAUGCAUGAAGUAGGCAAACGUCUGGCAGAAACCCUUAAGCAGGAGCUAAACUCUGCCAUGUCUCAAGUGGUAGACACUGUGGUGAAUGUUUUUUCGAAACCUCCACGGCCACCGUUACAAGUAUUCCCAUCACUCCCAGCAAAUGAGGACCACUUUGUUUUUAACGGAAACAACCCAAACUUCCACACUGCUAAUCAGAGACUGCAGUGCUUUGGUGAUGUUGUCUUUCCCAGCCCACUUGACUCGUUUGUCGGGGUCCCUCUUCCUUGUGCCAACGAUCAGACGGAGGCACUACCACUGGUAGUACGAAAGUCUGCAUCCGAACACCACCAGUCCUCAGAUCCUGGAGCUCAGAAUGGUCACCCUCAUCCCUCCUUACAUCCUUCUUCUCUUUCUGGAAACACAGGCUUCAUCUCCCCAUCAUCAUUUCGUCAUCCAUUUUCACUUCCUCUUGUGGGUUACUCAUUUCAGAGCACACUAGGUGCCUCAUCAACAGGAUAUUCUAGUAAAGACUCUCCUGGUUUAAUGGAUCUGUCAAGGGAGACCACCAGCUUACGAACAAAAAUGGCUUCCAGCCAGCAUCUGAUGCUUAACCAUUCUUGCUCACCAGUUCUCCCAAGAAGCACUGCUGAAGGGCUGUCACUCAUCAAACCUGAAUGUGGGGACCUCCAGGACAUGUCAGACAUCUCUCCAUACUCAGGCUGUACAAUCCAGGAGGGACUGUCCCCAAAUCACCUGAAGAAGGCCAAACUGAUGUUCUUCUACACCCGGUAUCCAAGCUCCAGCAUGCUCAAGAUGUACUUCUCAGAUGUGAAGUUUAACAGGUGCAUCACAUCUCAGCUGAUAAAGUGGUUCAGUAACUUUAGAGAGUUCUACUACAUCCAGAUGGAGAAGUUUGCCAGGCAGGCUAUAAAUGACGGUGUGGCAGCAGUUGAUGAUAUCAUUGUGAGCCGUGAUUCAGAGCUCUACAAAGUGCUCAACAUGCACUACAAUAAGGCAAAUGAUAUUGAGGUCCCUGAACGUUUCCUGGAGGUAGCUCAGAUAACAUUGCGUGAGUUCUUCAGUGCUAUAGUGGCUAGUAGAGAUGUGGAUCCAUCAUGGAAGAAGGCCAUUUAUAAAGUUAUCUGCAAACUGGACUCUGAGGUUCCAGAGAUAUUUAAAUCGGCCAAUUAUCUUCAAGAACUCCUGCGAGAGUAAUGUGUU